UUUUGCAAGGGGGCAUUUUCAAGGCAACCGCCUCCCUGCUUUGGGACAGCGGCCAGCAAACGCCCCGUGUGACUUGAGAAAUGUGCCGGAGACGCGGUCCAGCCCUAUUUGUGAAUGAAAAGGCUCCGUGUUUCCGGCUGUCCGAGAUCCCUUGGCAAACAUUACCAUCUCUCAAGGAGCACAGAAGAUCUUCUGUUGACAGGCCAAAAAAAGAAAAAAGAAAAAAAAAGGACGGACGACACGCCCUCCCUACAGAUCUUCUGUGCUAUUCUUCAGAUUGCAAGGCUUGCUGAGUCCGCGGACAACCUAACUUGGGUCAGGCAGGACGGCUGUUACUCCGGAGAGUGAAUCAGCAGCACAUGCGUGGACCGCGCGGACCUCCUGGGGUCAGAGCCUGAGAUCACAUCUCCCGCGCGCGGCCCGCUGACCUCGGCUUCCCGGGCCCGGAGACUGCCCUGCAGGAAAUACAAGGAAAGAGAGGACAUGUUACAUCUGGAACACUCUUGGAGCUGGCUGGCGCUCGCCGUCGCUGCGCUUCUGGGUCCGAAACCCUCAGCCUGCGGCCCUGCACCUGACCCCCGGCCCAACAUCCUCCUCCUGAUGGCGGACGAUCUCGGCAUUGGAGACGUCGGUUGCUACGGCAACACCACCAUCAGGACUCCAAACAUCGACCGCCUUGCGGCGGAUGGUGUGAGGCUCACCCAGCAUCUGGCCGCCGCCCCUGUGUGCACCCCAAGCAGAGCAGCAUUUUUAACAGGCAGAUACCCACUCCGAUCAGGUAUGGUUUCCAGUCAAGGCCACCGUGUUCUUCGGUGGACAGCCGUCUCUGGAGGACUUCCGCCCAGUGAAAUAAGUUUUGCAAAAAUACUGAAAGAUAGAGGCUAUACCACCGGACUCAUAGGACCGCCUCAGACACAUGUGUUCUUUGCAGGCCAGAUCCUCGAUACUUUGGACACAGAAGGGUUGACCAACAGCACCCUCGUUUAUUUUACAUCAGAUCACGGGGGAUCCUUAGAGGCUCAGUCUGGAAACAACCAAUACGGUGGCUGGAAUGGGAUAUACAAAGGUGGCAAAGGCACGGGCGGCUGGGAAGGCGGGAUCCGGGUCCCGGGGAUAUUCCGGUGGCCUGGGGUCCUGCCGGCUGGCCGCGUGGUCCAUGAGCCCACCAGCCUGAUGGACGUCUUCCCCACCGUGGUCCACCUGGCAGGUGGCCAGGUGCCCCAGGACAGGGUGGUGGACGGCCGGGACCUGCUGGGCCUGCUCCAGGGCACUGCGCAGCACUCGGACCACGAGUUCCUCAUGCACUACUGCGAGAGCUUUCUGCACGCCGCCCGGUGGCAUCAACGCGACCGAGGUGCAGUGUGGAAAGUCCACUUCGCGACCCCCGUCUUCCAGCCCGACGGCGCAGGCGCCUGCUACGGGCAAGUGGUGUGCCCCUGCUCCGGGGACGGGGUAACCCAGCACACCCCACCGCUGCUGUUCGACCUGUCCCGAGACCCUUCCGAGGCCCACGCCCUCACGCCGGACACGGAGCCCUCGUUCCACCGGGUGGUGGAGACCGUGGCCCGGGCCGUGGCGGCCCAUCGCCGGACGCUCAGCCCGGCUCCGCUGCAGCUGGACGCGGCGGACAACACGUGGAAGCCGUGGCUGCAGCCGUGCUGUGGUCGGUUUCCCUUCUGCUGGUGCGAUCGGGACGCGGACCCACGAUAGGAGCCCGCCUGGGAAACCCAGCUCCCCGACCCCCUGCACGUCUUCACCGGCGUCAAACAAAUAUAAACCACCGGUGUGAAGUCAAGUCGCCUGCUGGUGUGGGCUUGAAUCCUUUCACCUAGAAUCCAGGCUGCGGUCAGUGUAGGGCAGUGGUGGGGGGGAAGGAAAGGCUGAGAUGUAUGAAGACGGUAACUUGGAAACUCACAUUGUGCUGCGUUGUGCCAGACUCUUUGCGACCCCAUGGACUGUAGCCCCACCAGGCUCCUCUGUCCAUGGAAUUCUCCAGGCAAGAAUACAGGAGCGGGUUGCCAAGCCCUCCUCUCGGGGAGCUUCCCGACCCAGAGAUCCAACUGCAUUGCAGGCGGAUUCUUUACCAGCUGAGCCUCCAGGGAAGCCCGGAAACGUACAUGACCAUGUGUAAAUUACAUAACCAAUGGGAAUUUGCUCUAUGGCUCACGGAACUGAAACAGGGGCUCGGUAACAACCCAGAGAGGGGGGCUGGGGUGGGGGGCGGGAGGCAGGUUCGAGAGGGAGGGGACACAGGUAUACCUAUGGCUGAAUCGUGUUGAGGUUUAGCAGAAGCCAACCAAAGUCUGUAAAGCAAUUAUCCUUCAAUUAAAAAGAUAAA